AGAAAAAUAAAACAAACCCUCAAAAGUCAUAUCUCUCUCUUCUCUUCCUUUCUCUAUUGACUUGGUGAAGAAGAACUACUACGAUGUCUCUCCUGCAAUGUCUACCAGUGGCGACUGCGCUAAUCCUGCUUCUUCAAACUCUCAGUUUAGUCAGCUCAACUGUUCUGUCCCGGGCCGAUCGGAUCACCCGUUUACCCGGUCAACCACGGGUCGGGUUUCAGCAGUACUCUGGUUAUGUCACUGUUGACGAGAAGCAACAGAGAGCUCUGUUUUACUAUUUGGCUGAAGCUGAAACCAAACCCAUCUCUAAACCUCUCGUUCUCUGGCUCAAUGGAGGACCUGGGUGUUCAUCAUUAGGUGUUGGUGCAUUCUCUGAGAAUGGACCUUUUAGACCAAAAGGAUCAGUCUUGGUGAAGAACCAGCAUAGCUGGAACCAAGAGGCUAAUAUGUUGUAUCUGGAGACACCUGUUGGAGUUGGAUUCUCUUAUGCAACUGAGAGCUCCUCUUAUGAGGGUGUCAAUGAUAAGAUCACUGCAAAAGACAAUCUUGUGUUCUUGCAAAAAUGGUUCCUCAAGUUCCCUCAAUACCUCAAUAGAAGUCUCUUCAUCACUGGGGAAAGCUACGCUGGCCAUUAUGUUCCUCAGUUGGCUCAGCUUAUGAUUCAAUACAACAAGAAGCACAAUUUGUUUAACCUCAAAGGCAUUGCUAUUGGCAAUCCGGUUAUGGAGUUUUCGACGGAUUUCAAUUCACGAGCCGAGUAUUUCUGGUCUCAUGGUUUGAUAUCGGAUCCAACUUACAAAAUGUUCACAUCUUAUUGUAACUACUCACGAUAUGUGAGUGAGUACUAUAGAGGAACAGUGUCAAGUAUGUGCACUAAAGUGAUGAGUCAAGUUAGCAUCGAAACAAGUAGAUUUGUUGACAAAUAUGAUGUUACCCUUGACGUUUGCAUUCCCUCUGUGCUAUCUCAAUCCAAAAGAGUUAACCCUCAACCUCAACAAAUGGGAGAGGCGGUGGAUGUUUGUGUAGAAGAUGAGACGGUUAACUAUCUGAACCGGAGAGAUGUGCAAAAAGCUCUCCAUGCUCGGCUUGUCGGAACUCGCAAGUGGUCUGUUUGCAGCAAUGUGCUGGAUUACGAAGUACUUGACGUGGAAGUACCGACGAUAAACAUAGUAGGAAGGCUUGUUAAAGCUGGAGUUCCAGUUCUUGUGUACAGCGGCGAUCAAGACUCUGUGAUUCCGUUAACCGGAAGUAGAACACUAGUGAAGCGACUGGCUGACGAGUUGGGACUGAGAACAACUGUGCCUUAUCGAGUUUGGUUUGCAGGACAACAGGUUGGUGGGUGGACUCAGGUUUAUGGGAAUAUAUUGGCAUUUGCUACAGUGAGAGGAGCGGCCCAUGAGGUACCGUUCUCGCAGCCUGCCAGAGCGCUUGUGUUGUUUAAGGCAUUCUUGGGUGGUCGUCCCCUCCCUGAAGAAUUCUGAUGUUUUUACCAUUUAUAUGAGCUUGUAAGUAAAAACAUUACAUACGUUUUAGUGAACAAUGUUGGAUAAACUUCAAGACUUAAGGCCCAAGUUACCUUACAAAGGAGUGUUAAGGACAAAGAAGGGCUUAGGACAAUUCUACUAGGAUUAGGAGUUAUCUAGUUCUAAUAGAAGUAGGAAUAUGAAAGCACUAUAUAUAUCUUUGAUUGAGUUGUGAUCAAAGGUAAGAAAAGAGUGCAUACAUUGUUUAGUUUUGAGAGGAGAUUUUCUAAGCAAUAAUAUAAGAGAGUUAUUCUUAUAAUACAAAGUCUUUUCUAUCUUAACAUGGUAUCAGAGCCCAAGGUUCAAGUUCUGGUGGACCUAGAAAAGUGGAUACGGACAUGCUUCUUGUUAACUCGAGUAAUGGGGGCCCAAGAAGGGGUUUAUUAUCGGUUCGAGAUGGAGUUAUCAUCUCGAGGAGGCGUGUUAAAAUCCCAUUUGUGGUCUUUGGUUUGAAGAGGAGAUUGUUAGAAUACAAUCCAAGUCCCACAUCU